AUGAGCUUCACAUACCUUUUUCAUCUUUCAUCCCCUCUCAUCAAUAUGGAGAAAGAAAUUGACAACUUGAUAUUCAACAUGGGCUCACUUGGAACUAGCUUUCCACAAAAGAGAGGGUUAUCGAGGUAUUACUCAGGUAAAUCAAGGUCAUUUGUUUGCAUGGAGGAUGUACACUCUGUGGAGGAUUUGAAGAAACCAGAACACCCUGAUGCAAAGAAAAGGAAGAAACGUCCUCACAUGAAGGAGUUGCUCAAUCCUGCUCCGUAUCCUUGCAGAAGGGCACCAAGUUGCACUCAAUUAACCACUCCAUUCGUCAACGUCUAG